AUGAGCCCAAAUACUAAAAGGCGAAAGUUGUCGGGUGGCAGCUAUGAGGGUUUGACUGCAGUAGAUCCUGAUCUCAGGACAGCGACGCCUACGCCAACCACGACGAAACCACCCGCAGCCGAAGCGGCUGGCACGAAACCAGAUCAGCGGCGCUCGCUGUUUGUUCGUUCACUGCCAGCGUCAGUCACGACAGAACGGCUGACCGAGUACUUCUCCGAGUCGUUCCCCUUGAAGCAUGCCACCGUCGUGAUCGACCCGCAGACCAAGAUCUCCAAGGGAUUCGGAUUCGUGACGUUCGCGGACGCCGAGGAUGCACACGCUGCGAUCCAGCAGUUGGACAACUCGGUGCUCGAUGGGCGGAAGAUAAAAGUUGAGCUCGCACAGUCGAGGCAUCGGGAUGCGGACGAUGUCCCCGGAGGGGCUGGUGCAGUCGCAGAUGUUCCAGGCGGAGGCGGUAAGAAAGGCGGUAUCAAUACCACAGGCGUACAGCUGCGUGCGCAGAGGGAGCAAGAUAGGAAAGAAACACAGGCGCCGAGACUGAUCGUGAGGAACCUGCCAUGGAGUAUCAAGACUGCCGAGGAUCUUUCGUUGCUGUUUCGCAGUUAUGGCAAGGUCAAGCAUGCGGUGGUACCCAAGAAGGGACCCCGAGUGCAGUAUGGGUUUGGAAUUGUUAUGCUACGGGGCAAGAAGAAUGCCGAGAAGGCUCUGGCUGGGGUAAAUGGGAAAGAGGUCGAUGGGAGAACACUCGCUGUCGACUGGGCCGUGGAUAAGGAGACUUGGGAACAGCAGCAACAGCCUGAACCUGAGGCAACGACCCAGGAAACUAGCGAGCCUCCAUCAGGAGCACUUGUGACAGGCAACGAAGAGACUCUACAGCUAGUCGAUGGCGGCGAUGUAUCAGAAGGAACUUCCAGUGAGGGGGAGGGAGUCAACCUUGACGAUGAGUCCGGGCCACUAGAUGGCCUUUCCGACGAGUCGGAAGGCGAUGGGGAAGAGAAAAAAGACAGUGGGAACGACACCACCGUCUUCAUCCGCAACGUGCCCUUCACAACCGACGAUGAAAUCCUCAAGGAGCACUUCUCCACCUUUGGACCCAUCCGAUAUGCACGAGUUGUCUAUGACCCGGAAACCGAGCGAUCCAAAGGCACCGGUUUCGUGUGCUUCUUUAAUGUCGAGGACGCCAAAGCGUGCGUCAGGGAAGCACCGAAACAUGACACUCCCACCGACGCCGAAGCCAACAACAAGGACAAAAAGCGCAAAGGCGAGACCCUGAAGCACUCGGUCCUGCAGAACGAAGCGAGCGACCCGUCCGGAAAGUACACGCUUGAAGGGCGGGUGCUGCAUGUGACGCGGGCGCUGAGCAGAGAGAACGCGGAGCGGCGCGCGACCGAAGCCAGCGACAAGCGCGACAUCCGCGACCGGGACAAGCGGCGGCUGUACCUGCUGUCCGAGGGCUCGGUCGGGCGCGGCACCAAGCUAGCCGACCAGCUAGGCAAGGCGGAGAUGGACAUCCGCGAGAGCAGCGUGCGCCAGCGUCAGCGCCUGCUCAAGACGAAUCCAAACUUGUGCUUGAGCCUGACGCGCCUGAGCAUCCGCAACGUCCCGCGCAGCAUUGGCAGUAAGGAGCUGAAGGCGCUGGCGCGUGAGGCGGUCGUCGGGUUCGCAAAGGAUUGCAAGGCUGGGAUCCGCGAGCCGUUGAAUAGGGAGGAGCUUCAGCGUGGUGGUGCUGAGAUGCGCGAGGCGGACAAGAAGCGGAAGCAGCAGGGCAAGGGGAUUGUCAGGCAGGCUAAGGUCGUGUUCGAGGACAAAGAGGGCAGCAAGGUGAAGGACGGCGCGGGCCGGAGUCGAGGCUACGGGUUCAUUGAAUACGUCAGCCAUCGCAACGCGCUGGCGGGCCUACGCUGGCUCAAUGGCCGUUCCGUCAAGGGUGCAGGUGACAGGGGUAAAAGGCUGAUUGUCGAGUUCGCGAUUGAGAACGCCCAGGUCGUGCAGAGACGCAACGAGCGUGAGAAGAGGGCGCAUGCCCCGGGAGGAGACCGAGACCAGCAACGGCCCAGGGAGGGGAGGUUCAAGGGAAAACACCCUCCCGACGACAAGGAAGACAAAGGGAAGGACAGCAAGAGGGGCAAGUACGCUCGGAAUGCGGACAGAGACGAGAGAGGAAAGGGGAGAGGCCUGAAGCGGAAACGUGGUUCGAAUGAUGAGACUGCCACUGAAGAGACAACCACCGCCGCCACCAGCGGAGAGGACAAGAACCGUCUCGCGAAACGCAAUCGAAUCAUCGCGAAGAAAAGGCAAGCGAGGAAAGUGCGCAAAGGGUAA